AUGCGCCCCGCCCCCGAGGGGUCCGACGGCACACCGGCAAAGAUCACACCGGCAAAGAUCUUCGCGUCGCCGAUGCAUGGCAGGAAAUGCAAGGAAUUAAGCUACAUCACCUCGUCGAAGGCAGCGUCGCUAGCACUGGGCACAACCCCGCGGCCGACCGACCCGAACACUGAGAUGCUCCAGGAGGCGCUGACGUCAACGCGUCGUGUGCUCUACCCUCGUAACUCUCCGCAAGCAACACUGCACGUGCUUUUUGAUGGAGUCAAGAAUGGUACAGCCGAGGCCGUCGCUGCUGCGUACCGCGCCAAGCGAUCAUGGGCCGACAUACACGUCCCUGCCACCUUUGGCGGGAGCGUCGUUCAUAGCGAGUCGUGGCUGCACAAGCGCGGUCUGCUGGCUUUCUUCCUCAACCACCAGGCGCAUGCUCGGCGGGCGACGCCGCUGCUCUUCGUGCUCGAGGAGGACUCAGGGGUGAUGGCGCCGAUCAGCGUUAGCAUCGUGCACCGCGCAUUGCUUGUGUGGGCAAGGCCACAUGCUCCCCAGCCGCCGUGUGCGUCCGCCGCCUUGCAAGCUCAGCAGCAGCGCGUCGAGCAUGUGCGGCUGAACUGGUACGACGACUGCGUCGUGCCGCGCGGGAGUAACGACACGUUCAUGACACGAGCUGUGCCCGGCAACAGCGUACAGCGUAUGCACGUGUUCGACUACCCGUGCACGCGGCACAGAUGCAGCUCGCUCCUCCACCGCACCUUUUUCUGGUCCGAUCGGCCGCACUGGGCCACGUGGGGGCACUACUUGCGCGUGCUCGCUCGCACCGCGCACAGCGGCAAGGGCACACUCGAGACGCUACUCGAGCGAGAAUCGGGUGGGUUCGCUGCCUCUUCACCAGGGGCGGAGUGUCGCAGCUCCGGCUGCUGGGUGUACGGUGCGAGGGGAGAGAUGCGGCGUGACCUGCACCUGUCCACGAGCCGCUCGUAUAAUCGAGACGUAUGA